CCUCCUCCUACUCAUCUCAAAAAAGACAAUCGCAAUCGGCUACUAGUUCCCUCUGAUACAUACACUAUCAUUUAGUUUAUCUCCACCACCGCAAAAUGGCAGAUACUUAUCACCGUGAAGGCCGUGGGAGUGGGAUGAUGCAGCAUUACCGGCAGCAGCAGCAGUCCGAUUCCCCGUGGGCGAACCAGGCGGUGAAAGCGGUCACUGCAGCAACCGCCGGCGGCUCACUCCUCGUUCUCGCAGGUCUGACGCUUGCUGGGACGGUAAUUGCACUUACAGUGGCUACUCCACUACUGGUGAUAUUUAGUCCGGUACUGGUGCCGGCGAUGAUUACCGUGUUUCUGUUGGCUACCGGGUUUUUGACGUCCGGAGGAUUUGGUAUUGCGGCUGCGACUGUGUUGUCGUGGAUGUACAAGUAUGUGACCGGUGAACAUCCGACGGGGGCGGAUUCAUUGGAUCAGGCCGCGCACAAGUUGGGUUCUAAGGGUCGAGAGAUCAGAGACAGGGUGGAGCAUGCCGCCGGAGGUGGUGGUCAUGCCACUGGAGGAGGUCAUUACACGAGUUAAUUGAUGAUGGGUGAGGUUGAGAUCCUGAAGUCUGAAAGUAGCUGGUUUUUUGGUUUUAAUUUUAAAAAUAAGGAGUGUUUUAUAUAAUACAUAUGUUAUGUUAUGUGUUGAUGUAAUAAUCAAUGGGAAUAAAACUCCCUUGUAAUAAUUUUCAUGCUAAGAACAGAAAUCGAAUAUCUUGUUUUGUA